GGGCGGGAAACAGGUAUGAAAUGCGGAAGUGAAAAACUGAAGGAAAAGAAGCUGGAAAGAAAGAUUGGAGACGACAAAAGAGGGAUUUGAUGCAGCGCAACUAACAACAUAUAACGAGCCAUCUCCCGCAACCUGCAGCCGACAUGGGCUUGUGUGACGGAUUGUCCCGCUGCAAACUGGCCCUGGCCUUCGCCGUGCUCUUGGAUGUGCUGGGGGCCGCCGCCCUGCUGGUGGGAGUAUUUGCCCCUCUGGAGGUGAAAGGUCGAGACUUCGGCGAUAUGCUCGUCUACAGCGGUGCUCUGUUGGUGCUGAUGUCGCUGGCCGGCUGGGUUUUGUGGUACAGCGGCAACAUUGAAGGCCUGACGUCCAAAAAGGAGCUGGGACACGUCGGCAGCGCCGUGGACCGUCUGGCACGCAACCUCAGUCGCAAGAUCCUCACGUACAGGAUCCACCGCUGAGUCUUCCGUUUUUUUUUUUUUUUUUUUUGUGCUUUACAUUUCAUAUUGUUACUCAAUGGUCUGCUGUUACAUUUCAAUA